AUGGAUGAUGUCAAGGGCAGGAAGUUGAAGGUCAUUGAUGUGUAUGGAGCUGUGAUUAAAUACCUUAAGGACCACUUGCUUAACCUGUUAAAGAUCAAGGGCAUGCAAGUUUCGAAUGAAGAUUUCCAUUGGGUGUUAACUGUGCCUGUUGUAUGGGACGCCUCCGCAAAAAUGUUGAUGAGAAAAGCUGCUCAGAAGAAGGCCGACAUAAAUGGUCGACUGUUGUCGAUAGUGCCGGAAUCAGAGGCAGCCAGUUUGUACUGUCAGUUGCUUCCUACAGACAGGAUAAAUGGAUCGGAAGACGCCAAAUCUGCUUUAUCUUAUCCUGGAACUAAAUACAUGGUCAUUGAUUUAGGAGGUGACACGGCUGACUUCACAGUGUUCGAACGUCAGGCAGAUGGUGCACUCAAGGUACUCCACAAAGAGAGCAAUGAUACUCUUGGUGGAGUCAAUGUCAAUUAUUUAUUCUACCAACUGCUUAUAAGAAUAAUAGGUGGUCCAGUGUAUCAACAUUUUGUUGAUGAAAAGAAAUCAGACCAUUUACAUUUACAACGAGAACUUGAAACCAAAAAGCAAACAGUCACACCUAACUCAACAGGAAAAGUUACAAUAAAUGUCCCAGUUGUGAUUGUGAAGACAUAUAAAGAUGAAAUGAAAGAAGACAUUAAAGAAGCUAUAGAUGGGUCACCUUACACUGGUAAAAUUACCUGGGUUGGAGACAAAAUGAGGAUAGAGGCACAAAUAUUUAAAAACUUGUUUAAACCUUGCACUGAUAAAAUAGUAGCUCACAUUAAAGACUUACUGAAACAACCUGAUAUUAAAGGGACAAAUCUAUUUUUAAUGGUAGGUGGGUUUUCUGAGUCUGUCAUGCUUCAAGAUGCCAUUAUGAAAGAACUUCCAAUGGGCAAGGUCAUCAUUCCAGUAGAGACAGGGCUAGCCGUGUUGAAAGGUGCUGUGAUGUACGGUCUUCGUCAUUAG